GGAACACCAGAUAAAGUUUGGACAAAAUUUCCAAAAGCCCCUCUCCGUUCUCUGCUCAACAUCCUCUUCAGGCCACCCUCCACGGUUGCCCACUUCCACUCCGACCACCGGACGAUCGGAACAAGAACGACGCUGCGACUGCGAUGGCAACGGUUAGGAACUUGAAAAUCAAGACGGGCACUUGCAAGCGCGUCGUUAAGGAGCUGCAUUCUUAUGAGAAGGAGGUCGAGAGAGAAGCUGCGAAGACGGCAGAGAUGAAGGAGAAAGGGGCUGACCCCUAUGACCUUAAGCAACAGGAAAAUGUACUUGCUGAAUCAAGGAUGAUGAUCCCAGACUGUCGCAAGCGCUUGGAGGCUUCACUGGCUGAUUUAAAAGCCACUUUGGCCGAACUGGAGGAGGCAAAUCAGAAGGAAGGCAUUGAAAUUGAGGAAGCUCGAAGCACUAUAGCAGAUGUCGAACGCUUUUUUCAGAGCACUGAGGCUUAGCAACUGAUGGAGGCAAUACACUCUAGUUACAUGAACCCAGUAAUUUUUAUGGAACAUGAUGUGUGUCGACUUAAUUCUGGAACUUGUACCCUCCACUGCUGUACUGGGUUUUCAAACAGUAGAGUUUUAAUGUGAGAUCUAGGCUGUUAUUUGCUGUGCACACCUCCUGGUCGAGAGCUUCACUUCUGUGGUAUGCUCUAUUAAUUUAAGGUGUGUGCAAAUUCG